CUCCAUCCCUUCUCUCUCUCUCUCUUUCUGUGCCCUGUGUCCCACCUCCUGGUUUUACUAUCAGCUUUCAGAGCUUCCAUUUACACACUGGAAGGGGGGAGGGAAGAAAAUAAAAUAAUACAAAAGGAAUCCAAAAGACAAAACAAUAAUAAUAGGAACAAUAAAAAAAAGAAGAGGCCAGCCUUCGCCAACUUGCAUCCUGGCAUCUCCUGGAAGGAACAGACAGGAGGGAUAGGAGUAGUCUAUAGAGGAAGUCAUUGGUUCCUUUAACUACGCAGCACAACUUCACAGUUUAUAGGAACGGACACCAGACAAAACAAAGAUGUCUGCCAGAGGGGGGAAAAAGAAAACAACCAAGCUGUCUCGCUCGUCAAGGGCUGGAGUCAUCUUUCCGGUUGGUAGGAUGAUGCGUUACUUGAGAAGAGGAACACACAAGUACAGGAUAGGCAUGGGAGCCCCGGUGUACAUGGCAGCUGUCAUAGAAUACUUAGCAGCUGAAAUCUUGGAACUUGCGGGGAAUGCAGCUCGAGACAACAAGAAAGGCAGAAUCACUCCAAGACACAUCCUAUUAGCAGUUGCUAACGAUGAGGAACUUAAUCAGUUACUCAGAGGAGUCACUAUUGCAAGCGGAGGUGUCCUGCCAAGAAUUCACCCCGAGCUUCUGGCUAAAAAGCGUGGCUCCCGUGGCAAGGAGACCAUUCUCUCUCAACCAGUGGAGAAGAAAAAGAAGAAGGGUGGCAAAGCACUGGAUAAAAUGGCAAAGAAACCAAAAGCGGGGAAAAAUAAGCUACUGAAAAAGGAUAAACAAGCGGAUGGAAAAGAAGGUGCAUCCAGUUCAUUGUCAGAGGAUGGACCUGGCGAUGGCUUCACCAUCCUCUCAUCAAAGAGUCUCUUGCUUGGGCAGAAGCUGUCUUUGACUCAGAGUGAUCUUAGUCACAUAGGAUCAAUGAAAGUUGAAGGCAUUAUCCAUCCAACUACAGCUGAAAUCGACCUGAAGGAAGAUAUAGGGAGUGCCAUGGAAAAGGCGGGAGGAAAAGAGUUUUCGGAAGCUGUGAAAGAACUCCGCAAAUCUCAUGGACCCUUGGAGCUGACUGGAGCUGCUCUUAGUCAAGCAAAUGGAUUAGCAGCCAAAUUUGUUAUCCACUGCCACAUUCCACAGUGGGGAUCAGAGAAAUGUGAAGAGCAGCUGGAAAAGACCAUCAAAAACUGUUUAUCUGUCGCAGAGGAAAAGAAACUCAAGUCUGUGGCAUUUCCAUCUUUCCCUAGUGGCAGAAAUGGUUUCCCAAAGCAGACAGCGGCUCAAGUCAUUUUGCGAGCCAUCUCCAACCAUUUUGGCUCCUCCAGCUCAUCCACUGUGAAGAAUAUUUUCUUCCUGUUGUUUGACAGUGAAAGUAUUGGUAUCUACGUACAGGAAAUGGCCAAGCUUGAUACAAAGUAGAACGAAUGCCGACCUUGGCUGGAACAGCUUACAGACAGGGAUGGUUGGAAACCCGUAACAAGAGGAUCAGAAGACCAAGAGCUGAUGUUUUUAUUGUUAAGAAUUUUAAGAAGGUGUGAACAAUGUUUGAAGUUUUGUGGUUUAAGGACAGAUUUUGAUUUUAUUUUCCCAUGGUUGAAGAGGUAUGUUUGGGCUAAACAAGUCUCAUUAUGAAUCCCUCCCCCUCAUGUAACAAGCCAGCACCCCCUUUGCAUUUUUAUAGAAUCUGAAAAAUAUAUCCCUCUGUCGUCAUCAGCCAUGUUUUUCUUCAAGAAUCUUGUUCCCAAUGUUUUCUCUUAUUUUUUUCCUGUCUUAUUAUUUUAGACUUAGUGUUAAAAAAAAAAAAAAAAAAAACAGCUGAAAAAACUUGUUUUAGAUUUGUAGUAUUGGAUUUUACAAGAGAAAUAAGACCACAAUAUUAUUUAAAAAAAAGAUCAACGUUCUUAAA